UUCCGCUUCCGGCCGGCCCGGUCGUUUUGGUUGGGCCGGCUUGUUGUGAGCAGGGCGGGGGAAGAUUGUUUGCAGCCGCGGAGUUCCGCGGCCGGGAAGGUAAACUGAGCUCCCCAGAGACGCCCGCCCCGCGGCCUCUGCUCCGGCUCAGCCUUCUCUCCCGCCGCCGCCACAGCCUGGAGGCGCCGCCCGCCUCCACCCUCCCGAAUGGUGCUCCUCUUUGCAGGCCUCGGCCCAGGAUCCAGGCCCCCUGUGCCCCCUGCCUCGGAGCAGCAGCUCCGGGUCUCCCUGCGUGGACUCCCGGUGGUGAGGAGGGAAGAAGGUCCGCGCGGACGAGGCGUUAGCUCCAGCAAGCCCACCGGCAGCGUGACGUCCCGCCUCUAGGCUGCGAGGCUCUGCCUCCUGCCGCCUCUGCCAUCCAGAGCCCAGCAGGCCUCAAGCUGGGGCCCUGGUCCCAGCAUGGCAGUCCUGCCUUGUGCCUAGGGCUCUGCCCUCUCCCGGGCCGCAUGGCAGAGUUCAGACAGGCUCCAGGGGGGCGGGAGACCCCACAGGGGGAGCUGCGGCCUGAGGCUGUGGAGGAUGAAGUCCCCAGGAGCCCAGGCGCAGAGGAGCCGGGAGGAGGUGGAGGCGGUAGCGGCGAGGCCAAGUUGUCCCCCAGGGAGGAGGAAGAACUGGACCCUAGGAUACAGGAAGAGCUGGAGCAUCUGAACCAGGCCAGCGAGGAGAUCAACCAGGUGGAGCUGCAGCUGGAUGAGGCCAGGACCACGUAUCGGAGGAUCCUGCAGGAGUCGGCAAGGAAGCUCAACGCUCAGGGCUCCCAGCUCGGGAGCUGCAUUGAGAAGGCCCGGCCCUACUACGAGGCCCGGCGGCUGGCUAAAGAGGCUCAGCAGGAGACGCAGAAGGCAGCGUUGCGGUACGAACGGGCUGUGAGCAUGCACAAUGCUGCUCGGGAGAUGGUGUUCGUGGCUGAGCAGGGAGUCAUGGCCGACAAGAACCGACUGGACCCCACGUGGCAGGAGAUGCUCAACCAUGCCACCUGCAAGGUGAAUGAGGCAGAGGAGGAGCGGCUUCGAGGUGAGCGAGAGCAUCAGCGGGUGACACGGCUGUGCCAGCAGGCGGAGGCUCGGGUCCAAGCCCUACAGAAGACCCUCCGGCGAGCCAUCGGCAAGAGCCGCCCCUACUUCGAGCUCAAGGCCCAAUUCAGCCAGAUCCUGGAGGAGCACAAGGCCAAGGUGACAGAGCUGGAGCAGCAGGUGGCCCAGGCUAAGACCCGCUACUCGGUGGCCCUACGCAAUCUGGAGCAGAUCAGCGAGCAGAUUCAUGCGCGCCGCCGGGGCCUGCCUCUCCACCCACCUGGCCCACGGCGCUCCUCCCCUGUGGGGGCAGAGGCUGGGCCUGAGAGCGUCGAGGACGGGGACAGCGGGAUCGAGGGGGCUGAGGGUGGGGGGCUGGAGGAGGGCAGCAGCCUGGGGCCCGGCCCAGGCCCUGACACGGACACACUGAGCCUGCUGAGCCUGCGCACUGUGGCCUCUGACCUGCAGAAGUGCGACUCCGUGGAGCAUUUGCGAGGCCUCUCGGACCAUGCCAGCCUGGAUGGCCAAGAGCUGGGACCCCGGAGUGGGGGCCGCCGGGGCAGCGACGGGGGAGUUCGUGGGGGGCGCCACCAGCGCAGCAUCAGCCUGUAGCGUCUUGUGGCCAGAAUGCAGGCUGGACUCUCCCCCCAGGGGCUGAUGGAGGCCCGCAAGCUUCUCCUCCCUCUCUGGGGCCCUGUGUUCCCUGAGGUCUCCUUUCCCAGGUCCCUCAGGAGGCAGCUGUACAAUGCCUCACCCAUCCUGCUGGCUCCUGGAGUCCAUCUGACACCAUUGCUCUCCCAUUCUGGCUUCCCUCUCUCCCUCCAUCUGCCUGGUGUCUCUUUCAGGGAGCAUGGUCUAGGAGGCCCAGGAGCGGGCAGAAGAGAUGGGUGCGGGGCAGAGUGGAGAACCAGAUGUCACAGCUGUGGUCCCUGCCCAGCCGUGUGUAAGCGUGAGGUGUGUGCACCUCUGGAAGGCCCUCUGUCCAUGCUCCCCCUGCUGACCUGGAGCAGAGCCAGGCCCACACCAGCACAGGGAGGGUUCCCAGCUCCUCAGGGGCUGGCAGGUCCCUAUGGGGCAGGGUGUGGUGAGGACAGAGGCUGUGGCCUGCCAUCACUCUGGCUAUGGGGCUGCAUUUGCCUUUCUUGGGUAGAGGAGCUGAGCCGCAGCUCCAGUCUCCUGCAGGGCGCGUCAGGGAAUUUGGUGCUCAACUGCUCUGCCUUGCUCUUCCCCAACCACACCUGCUCCAGGGUCCUGGAGUGGGGUGCUCAGGUAGGCUGCCAAGCCUCUUGUGUCCCCUGCUGCGGGGGCGGGGUGGGCUGGACUGUGGGGCUCAACCCUGCUCAGGGAGCUCUUCAGGUGCCCAGUGUGGCUCCAGGGGAGCCAGCAGGAUCUGGGUGCCUUGGGAGAGCCAGUGUAGGGGAAGCCGUGGGCCCUGCUCGGUUGCAGCUGUCUCCUUGUGGGAAGACGGUGGUCACGAUGAGAGCCUCAGGGUUUGAGGUGGCCGUGGAGGGGAGCAGGGAGGGAGGACCUGGCUGUGUGUGGGGGGGAUGGUCUGCCC